UCCAUUUUCCAGCUGUCGCAGCUCCAGGUUUGUGUGCGACUCACACCGGACUGGACGGUGCGAUCAUCUGGAAAUUUUUUCACUCCGUCGAUUUUUUAGGAGCCCACACCUGUGUCAUUUUUUCGUCCAUUUCUCGUCUUUAAAUAUUCAUUAACCCCAAUCGGAUGCAAAGAAAUGAGCGGUGAAAUCAGCGGGCGGAGUGUAAAUAAAGAUUCCGGCUAGCUAGCAGGUUAGCCCACCCAAUUAAGCUAGUUAGUGCGCUUAGCUAAUUAACUUAUCGGGUUUUGUAUGCUCAAAAUCAAAUGUUUGCACUGUAGUCAGUGUUGUAUGUGCACACAGCGUCUUUAAAAGCGCAUAUGGCUGUCUUCUGCCACCUGUCGCCGUGUGUUAGCCAGAGAUCCGGGUAGCUGAUGGACAGUGUUGCGGUGAUUCUGGGCACUGGGGCGGUUAGCUUAGCGAGACAGCAAAGGACAGCACGGAUGUCGUGGCAGGCUAGUUUGUCCCUCCGGGACUCUAGUUGGUAGUCGUCGCAGAUUAUUAAAAACAGGGCUUGGGUUGGUCUGAUAGUGGGGAGAGCUUUGGAUUCACAUCUGGCCUCCAUUCUCAUCCAGUCUUUGGCCUUGUUCGAUAGACCCGUUUGUAUGAGCAGGCUGAGGUUGUGGUGCUCUAUUUUGCUUGAUCGAUUUACGUGUACCAUCAUAAAGCAUCCUGGAUCGCAUGCUGCAUUUUUAAACAACAUUCCCACAAAUCCAUCCUGUUCCUCUUUCGACACGGUUGCAAAGGGAAGCGGACCGUAGAAGUGUGUCAGAUCAGGGUUGGGAUCUCUAAACGCUGUGGUGAUGACUUUGGAGUCCAUGAUGGCCUGUUGCAUGAGUGAAGAGGCGAAGGAGUCCAAAAGAAUCAACGCCGAGAUCGACAAGCAGCUUCGGAGAGACAAGCGAGAUGCGAGGCGAGAGCUCAAACUGCUCUUACUGGGUACGGGAGAGAGCGGCAAGAGUACGUUCAUCAAACAGAUGCGCAUCAUUCACGGGACAGGCUACACCGACGAGGACAAGCGCGGCUUCACCAAACUCGUCUACCAGAACAUCUUCACCUCCAUGCAGGCCAUGAUCCGUGCCACAGAGCACCUCAAGAUCCCCUUCAAAUACGAAGAGAACAAGCCCAAUGCUCUGCUGGUGCGAGAUGUUGAUGUGGAGAAGGUUUGCUCCUUUGAACAGCCCUUUGUCAAUGCAAUAAAGAUGCUCUGGGCGGAUCCAGGCAUCCAGGAAGCCUAUGACCGCAGGCGAGAGUACCAGCUCUCCGACUCCACUAAAUAUUACCUUAAUGAUUUAGAGCGUAUAUCAACUUCGGGAUACGUGCCCACCCAGCAGGAUGUUCUUCGGGUCCGAGUGCCCACUACUGGCAUCAUAGAGUAUCCCUUUGACCUGGAGAAUAUAAUCUUCAGGAUGGUGGAUGUCGGAGGGCAGAGAUCAGAGCGCAGGAAGUGGAUCCACUGCUUUGAGAAUGUCACAUCUAUCAUGUUCCUGGUUGCCUUGAGCGAAUACGACCAGGUCCUUGUUGAAUCUGACAAUGAGAAUCGCAUGGAGGAAAGCAAAGCUCUGUUUCGCACAAUCAUCACCUACCCCUGGUUCCAGAACUCUUCAGUCAUUCUGUUCCUCAACAAGAAGGACCUUCUGGAGGAGAAGAUCAUGUACUCUCACCUAGUGGACUACUUCCCUGAGUUUGAUGGUCCACAGAGGGACGCCCAGGCGGGCCGGGAAUUCAUCCUGAAGAUGUUUGUGGACCUGAACCCGGACAGCGACAAAAUCAUCUACUCGCACUUCACCUGCGCCACAGACACCGAAAACAUCCGCUUCGUCUUCGCGGCGGUCAAGGACACCAUCCUGCAGCACAACCUAAAAGAGUACAACCUAGUGUGAGAGAGAGAGCCCGAAAGAGAGCGAGACACCUGCAGCCCACAUACGGCCGAAAGCACUACACACCUCACACGCAGAGACACACCUUCACUCCCAUUUGGCACUGGAUCUUCAUGUAGUCCUUUUCUUUGCCUGUUUUUUCCUCUCUUCCUGAGUGUCGACCCCCUCCAGUUGAUAGCGUUAUCAUCCUCUCUUCCUCAAACCCGAGGGCUGGGCCGCUAAACCGGUGCCUAAUGAUAAAGAGCAUUCGUUUGCUCUGUAGAUGGGCUGUAGGUGGGCUACCUGAAUGAAACUGAGGUACGAACUUAACGGAAACACUCGGCGGAGGCGCACGUGUCCGUAAACGAAGAGUGGGCGACAUUCUUGAAAGACUUUACACCUCGCAUCACUGAAUUUAACCAGGUGUUAGUUGUGCAAUCACGUGUUAUAACACUAGAGGUGAAGGUGAUUGGAUGAUUUGAUUUAAUACUAUUUUAGGAGUGAUGUAUAGAGAUUUCCAUUCACUACUUGAGUACUUGGAGAAGACCCAUGUGACUUUUUCCGAGAUGUGAGGAAGAUAAAAUGAGUAACGAGAGCCACCGCAGAUUUGAAAUGUGUGAUUUCGAUCGAAUUGUGUUCAACUGUCCUGAGAUUUUUCAACAGAUUCCCAGUUCUCGUCUGUAUCCGCUAAAUUUAUGAUUUAGGCGCCAAACUGUUUCCUCCAGUCCAGUAGUCGGCAGUAUUGGGUGUUUAAUCAGUAUAAUUAAAUGGAUCCAGCUAGUAUUCAAAGAUAUUAACCGAAAGAUUGUGAUUUGUUUACAUGCUUCGACAGAAAUCAGUUUUGAAUCUUUGAAGGAAUCAAAUAAACGCCUUUCCCAGCUGAUUCAUAUACGUUUUUACUUCGUAUAACAUAAAAAAUAUGAAUAUCCAGUGAUUGAAAUGUUCGUUCGACUCAACGCAGCACAACACAAAAGUGCUAUAUAGGGUGAAAUCGAUUAGGUUUUUUUUUUAUUUAUGUAAUUUAUGGACCAGAUAUGUAAUCGGACUCACUUUUCCGCAUGAGCGCACUACAACGAAAGCGGGGGUUGAGUCUCUACUGCUGUAAAAAAAUCCAUUGGCAAGUGAUCUUUUCUUUUUUGGUAUUGAUAAAUUGAUUGUCACCGUUCUGUUCUUUUUUUGUUUUUUUUGUUUUUUUUCCCGAAUAUUUGAAAUGCUUGAAAAUGGGAAGUUGAAUUUCCAUUUCAUCAACGUCGCUUUAUGCAAAUAGGAAAUUGAGAAUUUUAUCAGUGGUUGAAUUCUUAACUGGUCUCUGCUUGCGUUGUUUUUUUUUUUUUUUUUUUUUUUUUUGAGAGUUCGCUCUUGGUUUCGUAGUAUCAUAUCUUAGCUCUCACUUGAUUAGCUUUUUGGAUUCCAUAGCUAGCUGGCUUUUUUUUUUGGGAUCUUUAUGAUGUAAUUCAGGUGAGUUUUCAUACUUUUCAUUACAAGGGCUAAUUGUGGGCGGAGAAUGAACCGACUCUAUGAAGACUAUAGAGCAAUAGGUACGCCGAAGUGGGUAUCUGAAUCAGGGACAGCGCGGGUGACGCCACAGGAGUUGCCAUUUUCCGUAGGUUCGACUUGCAGUGCAUCCAGGGAGCAACUUUUGUGUGGCCCUUGUGAUCCUCGGAAAAAGUACGCUAUUUCUUGCCGUAAGUUAAGUGACUUUGGAUGGGCUGUUUUGAUUCUGUAAGUUGAUGGAUGAAGUAUUAACUGUUUUACGCGGUGGCGGUGGUGUCGCACAUUUCUAUUUGCCAUGUUUGGUUUUGGGGCCAUGACGGUAUCGCUUUUGAGUCCCGUUUACUCAUUUAUCGCACACCUUGAAUUUAUCGCACAUUAGCACUCGUACAGUCUUAUUGGCUUUUGUUUGUAUUAUUGAGACAAAAUAGCUCGAGAGAACCUGAUUCGUUGGAAUUUGCAAAAAUAGCGAAAUCUCACGUCAAUCACAACUGUCACUUAUUGCCGCAGUUUCGUUUUCUUUUCUUUUUUUACCUGUAAUUGAAUGUAUUUUAUGAGGUUUCUCUAUUUGUGACGAAUUCUAUAGUUUGGAAGUGUCGGUCAGUGCACAAGGCUUUUGAAGGUGUUAUUUAUGCGCAUUUUCCCCUAACCGCAGCUGUAUAUUUGCUGUUUUGUUGCGUUUAAUCCUGCAAGCCUUCUUUACAUACAGUUGGACCUUUUCGUGCAUUGUACGACUUGUUUGCCAAAAUGCGAAAAAAACAAACAAACAUUUAAUUAAACGAUCCUCCCGU